AUGGAGCCUCUCCUCUCCUCGCAGCCGCUGCCGUCGCCCGCCCUGACUUCCUGCCGCCGCGCGCGGCCGCCGCGCUCAUCCUCUCCCUCGUCGCCCCGUCCGGCUGCCGCCUCUGUCUCGGCCGCCCAGCCCGCCUCCGCCCGCCCCGUCUUCGCCAAGCUGCCGCCGCGCCUGGCCACCGCCUGUCGGCCGUUCUUCGCCUCGUCCGGCCGCUCCGAGCUCGUCUCUGCCCGGCCGCCGCUGCUGCUCGGCGCUCCGCUCCGUCCGGCCGACGUCCCGCCGCUGCCCGGCUGCUCCGUCCGGCCGCCGCCCGCUCGGCCUCUCCCUUCCGCGGGCCGCCCCGCCGCCAGGCCGUCUCUCCGUCCAGCUGCCGCCCGCGCCCGGUCUCUCCCGUCCGCCUGUGUCUGCUGCUAUCUUGCGAUUCCUCGCUGCCCGGUGAUUUUUAAUGGCGCGAAUUACCCUGAUUUCGUUGCCUUUAUGCGCGUCCAUAUGCGCGGUCUUCGUCUUUGGGGUGUGCUUUCUGGCGAGAUCCUCUGUCCGCCGCGCCCCACUUCUCCUACGACGCCUAUUCCACCGACGCUUGUUGCCCUUGCCCCCGAUGCUACUCAGGAGGUCAAUGAUGCAGCCAAGAGUUCUGAUGAUACUGCUCUGGCUGAGUAUGACCGGAAGGUCCAGGAGUAUUCCACUGCUGUUGCGACGUAUCGGCUGGAUCUGACUGACUACACUCAGUGGAUAGAUGAGGAUGCUCGUGGAAGAUCAUGGAGCACACCGCGUCUCGGCAAGCAGGCUAACGCGGUGGAGGCCGGUGUUGGCGGCGAGCACCAGGACCGGCGAAGUGAGGAAGGCUCGCCGUUCCUCCUAGUCUUGGAACGGAAGGUGGACAACUCCGUCAAGCUGAUCAGAUCAAGGGAUGAGAACACAGGUAAUUCAUUCGAUCUACCUGGCAAUACAUUUGUAUUUGUAUCUGAAAAGGAAGUUUGA